GGGGGGGAAAGUAAAAGGAACAGACAGGAGGAGACGGCCCCACAGCUACCUGGGUCUCAAGUCACCCAGGCGCGCACUGCUCUGGCACUGUUCUCACAGGCCUGCCAGGUGCGUUGCCAGUGCCGACACCACCGGGCUUUCGGGGCGUUUCUGGCGGGCUGCCUCCUGAAGAGCGCGUAACAAUUGUCUCUCGCUUUCGCUUGUGACGACGGACUGCAUUAUUAUCCCGCUUUGCUACAUACAGCGCUGUCGCCAUGUCACCGACAGUGCUGUAGUAGUGGCCGCUGGGCUGGGCUGGGGCUGCUCAGUACAUAGGGGAAGCGUAUACAGUGGCAGUGGGAGCUGCAUACAAAGUAGAAACUAUCAUGAUAACCCUCACCGAUAAAAGUUUGCUUAAAUGUCAAUAUUUCUCCUUUUCGCAGCAGCAGCAUUUUCCAAGUCCCACCUGCGGUACGCUCUGCAAUUUUUUUUCUUCUUCUCCUCCCUGCACUGUCUUGCGAGCCAGUUCCCACUGUGGACGCCUCCCCGUCAUUUCCCGCUCGCCUCUGUAAUAUUUUCCCCCCUCUGACGCCUGGGGCGCGCUGAGCCAGGCUGCCCCUAAGCUAGCCCGCGUCCCAAAGUCCGCCCGUGGCUCCUCUCAGCAGGGCCCUGGUGCGCAUCCGAUAUUAGUGGGUUUAAUUUCCCAGCAGUACGCGGCUGUCGAGCCUGCUUUCCCGUGGUAAGCUGUAAUUUUUUACUAGGCGAUUCUGAGAUGCUUGCCGGCGUGUCAUUGGCUCGUCCAGACCCUAGUCAGCCCACCGUAAAGCUGCCUAUGGCGCUCAAAUCUCACAGCGACCUGGAGCCGUCGCCACAGUGCUCUUUUUUUCCUUGCUGCUGCUGAGGCACUAUCUGUUCCCUACCCAAUAGCGGCCCCCCCCCCUAAAAUCCAGGCCUACUGUUCGUCACCCCCAGUCCACCACACUCUUGCCCACUUCUGGUACUAAUACACUUUUCCCCCUUCAUUUUUUCCUCAUCCACCUCUCGACUCCUCUGGUGCAUUUUGCUUCCUUUCCUUUCCAUUUUUUUCGCAUCGCUCGACACCUCCUCUUUCUCCUCCUCCUUUUUCCUCUCAGUCUUCGAGGGUUUCUCGUGAGCUUCGCGCUGCCCACGAUCCUUUCCGUUCCAACUCGCAGUGCCCCUGUGCAUUCCGAGUUCCUCGGUUGACAUCCACGAACGCCGUUGUUGGGAUUGGGCCGAUACGAGACGAACCCGACUCUAUUCGCGCGAAAUAGCGAUCAACUACUUGCAAGAUGGGCGUCUUUGAGUGGUGUACGCGGCGUGCUGCCGGCCUGAGCAUUAUUUCUCUGCUCGCGCUGGCAUACUGGGUAAUCUCGCGUGAAGCCGCUGUCGAAGAAGCAAGGCACAACCCUACGAACCCUACUGUAUAUGGUGCGGGAAUCUGGAACCAAGUUUUCGCCUACUACUCGCUUUUGAUCCAUAUUCUGGUCUUCAUUACCCCCAUUCGCGCUGUGUGGGCCAUGAGGGACGUGACCGGUCACGUCAAGCGUAGCCUUCGCAGCCAGUCUCUCUCUUCUUUCAAGAAGUCUCGCAACAACCGUCGAGGAUCCUACGCGUCUCUUUCCAGCGGCGAGACUCUGACAGUCGAAAACUCCGGCAAGGAAUCGGCUACUAGCAGCGAGCCCGGCAGUGAUGUCGAGCAGGAUAUCGACUCUGACGACGACCUCAUCGCCAUGGGCAGCGUCAUCCACGCCAUCAUUAUCCCCAACUACAAAGAAGAGCUUGACUCUCUCAGAGAGACGCUAGACGUCUUGGCUAGCCAUCCUCAGGCACAGUCCAGCUAUGAUGUCUAUCUCGGUAUGGAACAGCGCGAGGAGCAUGGUGAAUCAAAAGCCCUCAGCCUUAUCCAGGAGUUCGUCAAGAAGUUCCGCUCCAUCGACUACACAAUGCAUCCCUCUGAUAUUCCUGGCGAGUCUCCUGGCAAAGGAAGCAACCUUGCCUGGGCUGCUCGCAAGCUCAGCGCCAAUUACUCGAUGGAGGUUCGCAAAAAUGUCAUUAUCACCGGAAUUGACGCCGAUAGCCACUUGUCUUACCGAUUCUUCGCCAGCAUCACCAAAAUGCAUCUCGCUCAUCCCGAGACCGCCAGCACCACUCUGUACUCUUGCCCCGUCAUUUUCGACCGCAACGCUCACACCGUUCCUGCUCUUGUUCGUGUAGCCGAUGUCCUCUGGUGCGCCGCUGGUAUGUCAGGCCUGUACACCGGUUCCACUACAGCUCCUCCUACUUCGGUUUACGCCCUCCCUUUGCAGCUUGCUGAUCGCGUUGGCGGCUGGGAUGCGGAUGCUGAAGCUAUUGGCGAAGAUCUCCACAUGUACAUCAAGUGCUUCUUUGCCCUUAACGGUAACUUGACCUGCCGAAUUGUCAUGGCACCUGUCAGCCAGAGCAAUGUUACUGCUGGCAAAGGCGGUGGCAUCCGUGGUGUCUUUGAAGAUGUUCGUGCUCGAUACCAACAAGCUAUUCGUCACAUGUGGGGUGCUCUUGACACUGGCUUCGCCAUGCGCAAAUUUGCCGAAGUUAUCAAGGAGCGCAAGCACACAUCCAGAGCCUUCCGUCCCCUACACAAGGAUACUGGAGAGGCCUCUGAUUUUUACGUGCCUGAUAACCAAGCUGUCGACGAGAACCAAGAGGGGCCCAACGCUGGUGGUAUCUACUCGGAUGUGACCCAGGACACUCUCAAGGACAUCAACUACACGCGAAUGUUCCUUAUGGGGCACAGAUUAUUCGAGGCACACUUCUUGCCUGCUCACAUGACAAUUCUGGUUUUGUCCUCUGCUCUAUACCUCUGGGUCAUUGAAGGCAGACCUGAUACCUACAACCUCGCAUGGACCUUUACACUUUCCAACGUGUUGCGUACUGCAGGUUUCAUUCUCGUCGCCAUCUGGCUCUACAUGUACGAGACGCUCCACCAGGUUUGUGUCGAUGCUCGUGAGAGCGAGAUGCAGUCGGCUGGUCUUGCCAAUGGCAUGUGCUUCUCAAGACGAGCCCUCAAGACCAACUGGAAGGACUACUUGAUGGUCCCCCUGGUUGCGCCUCUGUUUGGCGCCAUCCCGAGUGCCCAGGUCGUCAUUUGCCACUUCUGGACGCAAGAUCUCGUCUAUACAGUGAGCGGCAAGGCGACAAGACAGCGAGCAAAGUCUUUAGGUGUUGAAGAUAUGGCAUAAUCUAACCGCCUGUGCAUAUCAUUGUUCUUUAUUUUUUUUACUUCUUGGCGCACAUUUUUCGACUUGGAAACAUUUUAAUGCCCCUACGAUAUAUACAACUUUUUCUCACAAGGAAGGCUGCAAGAUUUUCAACGACAGCAUACACUUUUGUUCUUCGAUUCUACGACGCGGCUAUAAUCUUUGGAGGGUCACCCUUUCGAAAACCGGCUCCGCGUUUGUACAUACAUGGCCAACCUUUUUGUAGGUUGGCCCUUUUUUGGUUUUCUUUUUAUUUGACAUGUAAUGUCUUGGGAGAGGCAUGUUGCGAUUUGUUGCAAUGAUUCUGGCAUAUCUAGAUUGGCGUUUUGACUGACAGCAUAUCAUGGUUUUUAUGUGCUUUGUCGGCUGGUCUAUUACACUCGCUUAUGGGAAUACACAACUGCAAAGAUAGAAAAAGGAUUCAUGAAUUUGGAAGGGAAGGAUGACGGAAACGUGAGGAGGGACAAGAUAAGAUCAUAAUGUGGAAGGAUGGAGAUCUUGGAGGACAACAAGUCGGGGUUGAAUCACCUUAAUUUUAGGUCCUUAAUAUUUAAUAUGAAUCCGAGUCUCUGGAAGCUGCCUGUUGUCAGGUAGCUUCCAGAGAAGUUACAAAUAUCAACACCAGAAGCUUUAUGACACUAUACUAUAA